AUGGCAGCGUGCUGCCGUAGUAAGUGUUGGCCGAAGCAGCAGCACCAGCAGCAUCUGCAGCAGCAGCAGCAGAGGCAACAGUGCUGGCGCUUGUGCAAUGGUCUUCCACCCAGGCGAAUUCCUUUCGGCGAGUGUUGCCGGUGCUCAAAACGUGCAGAAAGGCUGCAAGGUAUAGUGCUGCAGCAUCAGCAGCAGCCGCUGCAGCACCAACAACAACGGGUGCAUCGAGCGUUACCAAAUCGCCAGGUUUCUGUGUGUCGCACAAGCCCGCUAGUGAUAUCUUCGUCUGUUGCAGAGGACGUCAGUCCUCUUAAAUUAACAAGGGUGUCAUCUAUACCCACAGUGGCUACGGCAGCUGCAAGGCCACCGGCUGCAACAACUCCAAGCUCAGCCGCAGAAACAGCAGCAGCAUGCGAGCAGACACGGCUAGCAGCGUCUGGCUCGACAACAGUGCUUUCCACUGAUUUGUGUAUGGGUGACCACAAUGCUGUCCCAUCAGCUGCCUGUACACGCCAAAGUGCUGCAGCACAACCCAAUUUCCUUACAUGUUUCAGACUGUCAGGGUUAGCUCCUGCAUGCGGCAAUCUUGCAACCAGUAGCAGCAGAGACUUGCACAAUUUCAGCGUCAUCUGCAACAGCAGCAAGGAAAACAGCAGAAGCAACAACGGCAACAGAAGCAGUAGCGCAACUGACGAUCGCAGUUCUUUUGUUGCGUCCGAUGCAGAAAAGGCAGCAGCAGCAGCGGUAGAGGCUGUUGCAGCUGCAGCCUUCAACCUCACGUUGCGUUCCCAACACCAGCAGCAGCAACCGCAGCAACAACAAUUGCAGCAGGAGCCACAACUGCAGCGGCAAGAGCUGCUGUUGUUGCGGCCCCAACAUACACCAAGCAACGCUAGCAUGUCUGCUGCGGCUGCCCAUGUCCCCUUUAGAGGAGACAGUCUCUGCCGUCCUCAGCUGCCGCACGGUCUUUUCGAAGCAGACAUCCAAGACCGUUGGACAGCAGCACUCAGUGGUGAUCAAACAGAUGCUAGACAGCAGCAGCAACAACAGCUGCUGCAGAUGACGACUGCGUUGGGGUCGGGGACAUCAGCAGCAUUAGCAGAUGUGCAAGGGGCAACCUACCCUAGCCUCCAUCCCACUCAGAUGCCCUAUCCUAUGGAGCUGUCGUGGCAGGAGGAGCAGCAUGACGAGCAAGGACGACAACAACUGCUACAACACUCACAACAGCAGAAACACCAACAACAGCAGCAACACCAGCAUGAAAGGUUGCCCAAGACGCAUAAGGUGUCGGUCAGGAGACAGCGCAGAUAUAUGUUGCCUCCUUGGCCUCUACCACGGAAAGCUGCUGCAUCGGCAGCAAGUUCUCCCAAAGGCCAUCAGCAGCCGCAGCAACAGCACCCUCAGCAGAAAGUUGACCAGAGGCUACCUGGACAUGGCAGCAUUCUGUUGCUGCAGCAAGAGGCUCAAGACGAUGCAGCGCCGCAGAUCUCCCACCCUGUUUCAGCAGGUUGUCUUCAACAGCCAUGGGGAAGCAGCAGCAAGACGCAGCAUCAGUUCGCUUCUGCUCCACCUGCUGUUGCUCCUGCUGCUUUUGCUGUUGUGGCAGUUGCUGCCUCUGGGAGGGAAUCGCCUCCUGCUGCUAGUGGCAACGGGGAGGCAACUACCUCCGUUACUGCUGCUGACGAGGAGCAGCAGAACCUGGCCCCUUCUCUCUUCUUUAGAGACACCCUAUGCGGAGUCCCUUUGAGACUGUUGGCCACAGGAGGAGGAGACGCAGCAACAGCAACAACAGCAAAGUUUAGCGAAGGGGUGUCGCUACCUCCUCUGCAGACACCGCUCAGCCGUACCAACAGCUCCAGCGAAUAUGUUAGAUGUGCACAAGUGCAGCAACAGCAACAACACCAAGCGCAACCGCCACAGCAGCAGCAGCAGCAGCAGCAGCAGCGCGUGGGUCAACAGGAGGCCGCCCCAGCUGACACUUGGUGGGGGGGACAGUUGCCUCGUGACACGCACCAGAAGCUUCUGCUGGUGCAGCAGGAACAACAGCUCAGCUGGCAGCGGUGGCAGCAGGGAGCACAGCAGCAGGAGCGACAUGCAGCAGCACAGGCAGCAUCAGGAAGCAGCCAAGAUGAAGGGCAAAACGCAGCAGCUUCUCGUCGGCUACCUCGUAGUCCCUUGACGCUAAAUGUGGAGACACAAAGACGCCGCCGGAGACACAGCAGCUACGGUGAUGCAGAAGCUUCAGCAGCAGCAGCAGCUACUGCUGCUGCUGCUGCUGCUGAUGCUGAAGGCUACAAAAUUUCCUUCAGAUUCGGCUCUAGCGGAGAUAAGUCCCUUCCGGAAGCAUCAGCGAGGCUGCGCUUUCAUAGAGACACAGACGGGAACACAGGCAAAAACGGGGACACAGCAAGAGCAGUCGACAGCAGCACAUGCCCAUGGGCAGCUGCUGCUACGGUACAGCACCGCUACGAGGGAGAGAGAGAUAGAGCGGGACAAAGAGACAGAGAGAGAAAUAUAGACAAGGACACAGACGAAGGCAUAGACACAUAUGGGAGGAGAGAUACGGAAGGAUAUAAAGACAUUGACAGAGAUAGUGACAGAUUUGGAGAUAGCGAUGGAGACAGCGAUAGGGCCAGACGUAGAGAGCGCGAAAGAAACAAAGACACAGACAGGAAGAAAGGCGGCAACAAAGCGAAUAGCUUCUGUAUAUCUAGACUGUCUUGCCGCGAUCCCGGCCGCCGUAGAGACAGCCCCCCGCUGCAUGGAGCUCAUAGCAGCAGGCGACGGAGGCUUUGGGGAGACAGCACGGGGGGACGACGCCAGGAAGAGGAGACAGGGUCAGAGGAGACUGUUGGAGACCGUUUGUAUCCAUGUGGCUCCGUCAAGUCUUUCUCAGAACCAUUGAGCGACGAAGCAACACACCCUGCUGCUGCUGCUUCUGAAGGCACUGCUGGACGGGAAACAGAAACGGAGCUCGAUUCCUUUGCAACACCAGCAGCAACAACAGGUCCAGCAGUAGAAGCAGCAGGGGCGCAGCUACACCCCCUCCCCUAUGAAUACGGAUUCCAAGUACACAGCACAAAAGCCGGAAAGUCUGCCGCUUCCCCUGCUGCUGAUGCUGCUCAUGUGUCGCAUGCAGCAAGGGCCAGGGGAUCCCAGGGGUCUUCGGAUGGGAGUCAGAGCAGGAGCAACACCUGCUACAACGCCAGCCACUGCAGCAGCAGUCGCUGCAUCAGCGGCUGGGGCAGCGGCUACGGCAGGGGGCAAAAUGCUACAUUAAUCCGACAUGAAGUCGAGGAUACCGAGGAUACUUCUAUUGUGUCUCUGGAGCAGCAGCAGCAACAGCAACAGGACCUCACAGAUGAAUCUGUCACAGCGACGUAUACCUCAAGCUGCGGGAACGGUUGGGUACACUGCAACAAUGAGGAGCAGCACUUGAAGGCGCCGGAGGAACAGCAACGACUGUGGGAGCAGCAGGAACGAUGGGAAACACAACAGCAGCAGCAACAAGAGCAGCAGGAGCAGCAGCACUUGCACGCAUCGUCCAACACAUCCUCCCCACGCACGACAUUCGCCGAGUCUGUCUUAUCUGCUGACACGUUUGCUCCACAGCAGCAGCUGGGACAGCAGCAGCUGGGACAGCAGCACAAGCAGCAGGCGCAACAGCACAUGCAGCCGCAGCAGCAGGAGCGCAUGUUGGGGCGGCCAUCCGUACUAACGGGGGCAGGGAGGCCUAGAGGGGACUGGGAAAAAGACCUGAGAGUUGAGUCUCUGCAGGCAAACACGGGAAGCUGCAUUUUCACAGACCAGCAGUCAGCCUCCACUGGGUCUCUCUCCUUAGACUCUGUGGCUGCGGCGGGCUGCUCCAUAUAUCCCCGCUUCAGCAGAGCCCUUAAGCCAACAGCUGCAGCAGCCCCAAGCACGCGAGAAGUGAGCGCUGACGGUUGCAUUGCUGGUGCAGGAAGCCAGCAGCAGCCCCGCAGCUCACAUGGCUCAGUGCCUUCUCCAGAUGCUGAGGUUAAAUAUGCUGCGCUUGGCUGCAGCAGCAGCACGAAUCGAGGAGAUACUGGUGUACACAGAGAGGCUGGUCUUAAGGGCCCCACUGCAGUAGAGCCAGCACCACCUGCUUCUGCGGCUGCUCAGGUUCCGUCCCUGGCGAGAGCAAUUCUUCGCAUUCCCCCUAUCAAGGUUAAUAAAGGGGAGAAAAGGUGGCGCAUGCAGCAACACCUUCUACAGCACCUGCAGCAGCAGCACAAACAAGUGCACAGCCGACUGCGUGUCCCUCAGGCGCAGAUAUAUCGACGCAUGUCGAGCAUGCGUAGCGCUUCCCUACGAGGUCAGCUACAGCACUUGCUACAGCGGAAGCAGCAGCUUCUGCUCCAUGAAAGGCUAUGUUGCAGCAACACAGCACAAGAAAUGCCUGCUAAUGCUGCAGGAAGACGCUCCCCCGACGAAGACCUUUUCAGAAAGAACACCCACUUGGCUGCUACUGCUGCUGCCAGUCAGCAGCAGCAGCGGCAGUUUGAGGAACUGUUUGAAACCUCAUCGCAACGUGUGUAUACAGCAACAACUGCAGCAGCAGCUGCUGCUGCAGCAACACCAGACCCAGCAGAAGAUGCAGUAACAGAUGCAGAUGCCGCAACAGAAGCAGAACCAGGAGCCGCAGCAUUCUCAGGAGCGUCGUCAGAAGGAGCUGCUGCGUCUGUUGUUGAUUCAGCUACUUCACACAAUGAAGCUGCAGCUUCUCCAGCUGCAGGUGGAGAGACAGCAACAGCAUAUAUAGCAACAACUGUUGCUGCUCCUCGUGUUCCUGCUCCCGCCCAUGUUGCCGCAAAUACAUAUGACCCGUUAGACCGAACAACAGGAGUUUCUUCGGAGUCUCCCUCUGUCCCCUCAGAGCUGCCUCUUGAACUUCCGAAGCAGCAGACAUAUACUACUGCCCCAGCUGUCUCUACUGGUGCUGCUCUUGCGGCAAUGGAAGAAAGUCUCCUCGAUGCAGAAACAGAGACAGCUCAAAUCUCUGCAGCGUCGGAGCUUGUCGCUGCAGCUGUAGAGAGAGCAGCAGAGCACUGGGAGAUAGCCCAAGUGGCAGGAAGAGCAGAAGCAGGCGCAGCACCGCAGUUGCCGCCCCGCAUAUUGCAUUGGGAGCACCUUCUCAGCAACAGCGUUCAGCAGCAGCAACACACGCCAAGAACCUCUGCAGCAGCUGCUGCACAAAGAGCAAAAGAGGCAGCUAAACGAGCUGUUUUAGCAAGCAGAAAGGCAAUCGCCGCAGCUGCAGCAGCAGCUAGGGAAGCGGCAGCCCCGCUGCCCCGCAGCAGUAGCGGCAACAGCAGUAAUGAUUUAAACAAGCACUCCAACAAUCCCCCUUUCCCAAGGCGGAAUAGCGCACAGUUGCCUCCUGUUGCUGCUUCGCGGACUCUUUUGAGAGACCUAGGUGGCCACAGCAGCAACAGCAGCAACGGCAGCAAGAGCACGUGGCCAGGUAGCCAGGCAACAGGACAGUUCGUCGCCGCGACAGGUUUAGGUGCUUCAAGCACCGAUGCGUCCGCUGUCGGCUCUCCUGCUGCUGCUCCUGCUGCUGGUGCAGCCAAACGUGUCAAAAAAUUGGGCAUGCAUGCAGCACAAGGGGAAAAGCAGAAGGAGAGCUUCUGCGCAUCGCCACGCAAUCGCGUCAAUCCUAUAAAUACAAAACCUGGAGAAACUCACCCUGAGGAAAGCAGCAGUACCAGCAGUAGCAACAGCAGCCAACAAAGCAACAACAGAAGUCGGCAUCCAACUUCCCAGGCAGGAGAGGAGACCGAAAGUUUGGAGGCGUACCCGCACAGCUCCAUGAUACCGAACAGCAGCAGCAGCUGCUGCAGCAGCUGCAGCAGCAGCAGUGGUAGCCGUGCCCGUCCUCGUGUGCUGCUGAUGCAGCUACGCCUCAUGCAGCAGGAGGAGCAACAGCGGGCAUCAGGUCUCAACUACCUGCAGCAAAAGCAGCAGCAGCUGCAGCGGUUAGCUCGAAUAGAGACGGCGAGGAAGGCCAAGGCAGAAGCAGUUGCAGUGGAGAAGAUCCACAGACGCAUUGCCACACUCGACGCUCUGCAGCAUCGGAUGUUGCAACAGGAAGCAGUGCGCCAGUGCACUAGCGUCCUGCAGCAGCAACAAAUGAAGCAACGCGAGCAGAGAAGACGAAGCCGGUUACUGCCAAGCAAUAAGACUAUCGAACAGCAUCAUCCACAGCAGCAACAGCAGCAACAACCGAAGCAGGAUAAGGCAGGCGGUGUGAUUCUGCUGGGAUUUCAGCCAGCCAAGCGGAGAAAGGCAGAGCAGCAGCGGCUCAAUAGGGCAGCAGCAUACGGCGUACUGCUGCAGCAGCAGCAAGCCUCCUUGGGCCGCCUGCAGCAGCUGCAGCAGGAAGCAGCUCAAGAGCUGGAAGCUGCUGUCAGUUCUCCUAAAGUCGAAUUGACAUACUGUGAAGCCUAA